CGUCAUGCCUCGGCUUUCCUCGCUUCCCCACGGGCUUCGAUUGAGCCCCAGCUUUCCACGUUGUUUUCUCGACGCUUUUGACACUUUCGAAUUUUACCACAGAGUUUACCAUGUUUGCAGCAGUUUCCAGACGAGCAAUUAGUUCUGCCGCGAAAAGGCAAUGCCGUAGCUUCAGCUCGACGGCUGCUGUUGGCGCAGCAGCGGAGGUCAAGAAGCUUGGUGUGAUCGGAGCUGGCCAAAUGGGUCUCGGUAUCGCGCUUGUAGCAGCGCAAAGAGCCAAUCUCCCUGUGCAAUUGAUUGACUCUUCGCAAGCCUCCAUCGACAAAGGCUUGAAGUUCGCAGACAAGCUGCUUGAGAAGGACGUCGGCAAAGGAAGAAUAUCCAAAGAGGAUGCUGCCGCAACUAGGGAGCGUCUCACGUCCAGCACAAAAUUAGAAGAUCUCUCAGACGUCGAUUUCGUGAUCGAAGCUGUUCCCGAAAUUGUAGAGCUAAAGAACAAAAUCUUUGCCCAGCUCGCGCAAAUAUGCCCAUCACACGCUAUCCUAGCAACGAAUACUUCCUCGAUAUCGAUCACGAAGAUCGCCGCUGCGACUACAAACGACCCCACGGACCUGUCCGCCUCGUCGCGCGUUAUCAGCACGCAUUUUAUGAACCCUGUUCCAAUCCAGAAAGGUGUGGAAAUCAUAACUGGACUUCAAACCUCCGAGGCCACGCUCGAGACCGCUCUCGAACUAUGCAAGCGCAUGGGCAAGAUCCCUUCGACGAGUGCAGACUCGCCUGGCUUUCUCGCAAAUCGCAUCUUGAUGCCAUACAUCAACGAGGCUAUCAUAUGCUUGGAAACAGGCGUGGGAAAGAAAGAGGACAUUGAUAGCAUCAUGAAAAACGGCACCAACGUGCCGAUGGGACCGCUGCAACUGGCUGACUUCAUUGGCAUCGACACCUGUCUCUCGAUCAUGCAGGUGCUGUACAACGACACUGGGGACUCAAAAUACAGGCCUGCAGUGCUGCUCAAGAAGAUGGUGGAUGCUGGAUGGUUGGGCAAGAAGUCCGGCAAGGGCUUCUAUGACUACUAAAGCAAUCCGUUCGUUCUUUCAAUCUGUCAGAUUUUCAAUACUCUUGCUCCUGUCCUAGAACAUUUUGUUAGCCAGGCUUGCCUUGUCCUCGAGCCGUGCAUGGGCUCAGUCUUGCUUUACUAUAUUGCCCGACUAACCCGGUUUGCAUCUUGCACUGAGAUACAUACCAGCUGUCCAUUGAAACUAAGCAUCGAUGUGGUAGACUAAGGACAACAAACAUCCCUUCCAAGUUGAUCCGCAUUUUUAAGUACAACGUCAAUACCGAAGUGAACU